AUGGUCUCAGCUCUCAAGCACGUCAUCACCGGCGGUGAUAGUGAUGAUCCCAAUCGCACCCGGCUUCUACAAGCCCUCCAAUCUUCACCAACUGUGACCAACUUAUUCCCGCCAAAUAAUGAAGAACAGAGUAAGACUGAGAAGAAGAAGGAGAAGUACAGGGGAGCCCGACAGAGGCCGCGGGGGAAGUGGGCUGCGGAGAUCCAAGACCCCAAGAGAGCAACCUGA